CAUAAUAAUAAAAGAAAAGAAAGGAAAAAACACUCUUCCUUCUUUCCUCCUUUUGCUCUCUUCACCAAGAUUCAAUGGCUACUUCCCCAACCACUAGAACUCCAAGAUAUGGUCAAAGUGACAACACGUUUUCAACCCCAAUUUUCACUAUUUCUUCUUCACCUUCUUACUCUUCCAAUUCUUCCUUUGGAUCACUUUCUACACAUGAUCAUCAUUCCCCUUUUAGCCCCAACACUCCUUUUCAAUUCUCUAAUAAGGGAGUGCCAUUUUCUUGGGAGUACAUUCCUGGAAUUCCGAAGCAACAUAUUUCAAGGAAAAAUAGCUCUUCUUCAAGCCAACUUCUCCCAUUGCCACCACCAGCUGGUAAUCCUCCAAAUUCAGCCAAGAAAUUACAAAGGUUGCGCGACGAAUUUUCUCCGAGAAAGAGUGCUAGUGACAGCUUCAGUAAAGAUCCAUUUUUUGCAGCAUUUGUGGAGUGUUCCAAGGAUCAAGAACAUCAUGAGAACUUUAGUGACAUUUGGAAGAGUAGUACUACUUCUUCUUCAAAAGUAAUGGCAUCAACAAGAAGUUUAAGUGAUAGAUUUGGAUUGAUAAGCAUGUAUGCAUCUUGUAAAAGAACUUGUACUGUCUCAGAAUCCAUUGUUUAUCUUCCAAGAUCAAGAAAUUAUGAUCUCCUUAGUACUCGUCGAACAAGCCGGUAAAAAAGGGUGAAUUUGUCAACUUUAGUGUCAUUGGCCAAAGGGUCAUGACUCAAGUUCUACAUCCAUAGCUAGAUGGCUUUACUAUUUCAUGUACGAAAUAUUAUUGUGACUUAUUUGGAAUUAAUUAAUAUUUUUGUAUA